GGAUGUUGGGUGUUGUCAUUCGAUUGGAUUGAGACAUGUGCCCAUGUGAAAAUGCGUGUGGAGGAAGAGGGAUUCGAAGUGACUGGUUGUAGCACCACGCCGCAUUCGGGCGCACCUCGUCGAGCCCGACUAGCUCGUGAGGCAGGCUCACUUGGAACUGCUUUGCACCUAAGUUCUCGUGUACUAUCCUUUCAGGGGGAGUUUGAAUAUCCAAUGCCUCCGCGAAACGAACUGGCUCGAUUGGUACGCACUGGUGGUGCAGUUGUCGUGUCCUGUCGUGAACGUUGCUCUCCACUGCGUCUGGCACGUCUAGCGAUCGAAGGUACACAAACACGGGAGGCUACCGUAUGGGAGCUCAGUUCACCUACCGGUUCUGCUACCGUUCGGCCUGUCCCUGGAGGCGAUACAAAAGAUGAUGAGGAUGGUGAGAGUGAUGAUGAGCAGUCUAUUCUAGACUCGAAACAACCAAACUUGUUACACUCGUCCACGUCACUUCUGGUUGUAUAUGAUUCCAGAUCCCAGUCUCGUCAACAACGGCAGCCGGGCGCAAAUGUCCAAUCGACACCGUAUGCGGUUCAAGUGGUUUCCGAUGCACUAUCCCUUGUAAGACCAUGUCGUGUAGACUCCUUGGGUACGAAUGUUGAACCGGUUGCUCCUCCACUCCGGGCCGUUCCGGCCUCUUGGAUUCUUGAUUGUGCGGCCGAGUACACAAUACUGCCGCUUUCAUCGUUCUGA